UUCGUUUUGCAGAAUUCAUCGAACCGGAUAGCGACGGCGACAAGAUGCUAAAGUUCGCUGCCAUUGCCACCGUUGGGCUGCUGCUCUGUGCCGUACAGUGCGUCAAAGUGGACUACUACGGCUCGCUGUACAACCCGAAGGACGAGCUGCAUGCACCGUACCACGAGAAGGAAGACAAGCAGGACUUUAGCAAAAUUCCCGGCGUGCCCGGUGUAGACUAUCCGAUCUACCAUGAAGUGCCGCACACCAGCUUCCACUGUGGCAACGUGCCGGCCAUCCCCGGCAUGUACGCGAACGUCGAAACCGGCUGCCAGGCCUACCACACCUGCCACGAUGGGCGCGAGGGCCACCAGGGUGCGUCGUUCCUCUGCACCAACGGCACGCUGUUCAAUCAGAAGGAAUUCGCCUGCGACUGGUGGUACAAUGUCAAGUGCGAGGAAGCGCCCAGCUACUACCAUCUGAAUGCCGACCCCGAGCACAACCCCUUCACGCCCAAGCGCAAACCGGAGGACGAGCACCAGCAUCAGAAAUUCCUCAUCCACGUCUAGAGGCGGCCAGCGUUAGAACGCUUCACGCUUCGUGCCGUUGAGAUUUACACAUGUUCCACCAUCUAUCCACACAUUUGCUGUUACUGUUGUAAAUAUUUUUUUUCGGAAAUAUAUAUGAACCAUUUUUUUAUCCUUCUUU